AUGAUGGCUCUGUCUGACCUGUGUAAGCAGGGCCCGUCGGCCAUGUUGAGUCCCCAUCAGCACGUGGGAGCCUGUCUGGCCGCAGGGCUGCUGCCAAGGAACAUGGAGGGGUCCGCUAACAUGGCUGUGCUGCACAGAGUUUACAGUCAGGGCCGGGCCAGUAGCGCAGCCCAACAUAAGACUGACAAGGGGGACCAGACUGCCCAGAGAGAAACCCUGCUGAGUGUAGCGCUGGACCACAACCUGGUCGGGUUCCUGACGUCCUGCAUCACACAGUGGGCCGAAGGAGAGUAUGCCCAUGCUGGCUGCACCCUUCGGACUGUGCUGGACUGGGCCUGGAACAAAGUCGCCUCCAUCAAGUUUUCCCUCGACAAAACAUGUGUUCCGCUCUACGAUGGGUCCGGCAGCAUCCUAGACCAGCAGACCUUGCAGUUGCUGGACCAUCAUGCUUUGCAGCUGAACCACAUGGUGACAGUGUUUCACACGCUGGCACUACAGCCGGCUCCAACAACUGAGCAAGGCCUAAAGGACCUUGAGACGAAGCUGACAGUGGUGACGCUGAUCUCCCAACACCUGCAGGUGGUGAUGUGGUUCAUCAGGAACAAGCUGCUGCCGGAGUGUGUGGAGGGUUUUGCACCCCCGAUGCGAGAGGAGUUCUGUUAUAAAGCUGCUACGCUGGCCCAGAACUACCGCAACAGGAGGGCAGAGCUGGCCAGGAUUGUGGGCCCCAAUGGUGACAGUGACCUGCUGCUGAUUGACGGGAUCGUGUCUGAAGUGGGAGAGCCCAUUACCAACCUGUGGGAGCGGGAGGAGGGAGGGACAGGGCAGUACCCACCCCCCAGCCUCAGAGACCUUCUUGACAUCUACUUGCUGCAGAAUGUGGACCUGAUGACCAAACACUGCAUAGUCACAUACCUUAUUUUAGACAUCUUAUCCAUGAGUCAAGAUCCUGAGCAGGAAAAAUUUUCAGAACAGCUCGGGCUGUUCCCAAACUCGUUCUCCCUCCCCCUGGGAGUGAACAAGCUCAUCCAGGGUUCCUGGCUGCUGGACCACAAGGACUUCGAGGAAGCCUUGAUGGUGCUGUUGGACCCUGCCGUGCGGGCGUGGCUGUCUCCAAGGCAACACCAGCUGAUCCUGAAGUCCUUCCUGUACCAGGGGCAUGCUGGGAAGGCUCUGCAGUACCUCAGGGUGGUGCAGCCCCCCAUGGAGGAUCACGAGGGGGUUAAACUGCACCUCACUGUGCUGCUGGCUAAUGGACUGACAGCCGAAGCAAUCCAGUUCCAACAGAGUUACCGAGACGAGGGGAACACGGAGGAGCUGUUGGAGCAUCUCUUCCUGGGCUGCCAGCAGACAUUUACAGUGGAUAAACUGUUGCAGCUGCCAUUUGACGAUGUUGAACAGAAAUCCCUAGUGAAGUACCUCCAGGCGAGCCCAGAGCCCAACUCCGCAGAGCUCCUCCUGGUGUUCUACCUGCAGCGCGGCAGAUUUGUGGACGCCGUUCGACUCAACGACCUGCUCAAACAGGACGUCAUGAUGGAGCAUGAUGCCCAGGCCCAGCAGAGAGCCGCCACCAGGAACGCCAUCAUCGACACCUACAUGCGACUACUGCCGGGGGUACAGAGGAAGCUAUCAUUCGGGCCUGAACAGUCGGUACCCAGGACACAACUCAUGAGGAGAGAGGGUGGGCAGUGUUGUGUUUAUCUAUAGUUUAUAUAGUUUAUAUAGACACCUACAUGCGACUACUG